GCGUGGGUGUGGGUGUGGGGUAACUUGGGUGGGAACGGCGUGGAGGUCACCGCCGCGAAGUCCUGCGCCCGGUCGGUGGGGUGUGUGCCACGGAAGCGAGGAUAAAUAGGAGGCUCCCUCCUCCCGGCGACACUCGCCGAACCUCCCGGCCGCCUGCCCUGGGUGUUUGCCCGCCCGGUGGUAGCCCGGGUGCCAGCCUGGGGAGUAGUUUCGCUUCCUGCUGGCUCCGGGCAUUCGUUUCCAGGCACCCGGUCGGGCGCCCGCGCCUCGAGAAGAGGGCGCAAGAGGCGGCGGGAGGCUCGUCUGGGGGCUGCCCGGCCCCGCAGCGCAGCUGAUGGCCCGGGCCGCCCCGGGCAGCGGCGCCGGCCCACUGCCCCUACUCCCGGCCCUCGCCCUGGGUCUAGUGAUCCUCCACUGUGUUCUGGCAGAUGGGAAUUCAACCAGAAGUCCUGAAAACGAUGGCCUUCUCUGUGGAGAUCAUGCAGAAAACUGCCCAGUUACCACCACCCAACCAAAGAGAAGAGGCCACUUCUCUCGGUGCCCCAAACAGUACAAGCAUUACUGCAUUAAAGGCAGAUGUCGCUUCGUGGUGGCCGAGCAGACGCCCUCCUGCGUCUGUGAUAAAGGCUAUGCUGGGGCCAGAUGUGAGCGAAUUGACUUGUUUUACCUAAGAGGAGACAGAGGGCAGAUUUUGGUGAUUUGUUUGAUAGCAGUUAUGGUAAUUUUUAUCAUUUUGGUGGUCAGUAUCUGCACAUGCUGUCAUCCUCUUCGGAAACGUCGGAAAAGAAGAAAGAAGGAAGAAGAAAUGGGAACUCUGGGUAAAGAAUUAACUCCUAUAAAUAAUGAUAUUCAAGAGACUAGUAUUGCUUAAUGUCUAUGAAGAUUACUCCAGGCUGAUGACAAGUUACAAAGUAUCUUCUUACUCAUUUGAAAAUGGACAGAAUGUGUCUCAGGAAACAGCUAACAAAAUGAAUUUUAAAUAAUGUAUUUACUUUUUGUCGGUAAUGUUAAUUUGUGUUGUUUACUAUGUUUUUAUAAUAAUAAUAAGUAAUUUUAUUAUUAAAUAGUAUUUGGGAAAAGCACCCAGUUAAGCAGGGACAUUUUAAUAAACUUCCAGUUAAGUUUUGUCACCAAAAUUACUAGUCAAACAAAAAAGAAGAGUAGGAAGGAGUUUAGAUCUUAGGAAUUGCAUUAAUAAUAAAACUACCAUUUAUCCAACAUUUACUAUGUGCUAAGAGUUUGAAAUACAUUAUUUCCUUUAAUUCUUUCAAAAACCCAUGAUCCUCAUUUCUCAUGUAUAGACAUAGACCUUAAGAAGCUAAAGGACAUUCCCUGAUGGCAUAGACGGUAAAGAAUCUGCCUGCAAUGCAGGAGACCUGGACUUGAUCGUUGGGUCUUGAAGAUAAACCUACUCCAGUAUUCUUUCCUGAAGAAUCUCAUGGACAGAAAAGCCUGGCAGGCCACAGUCCAUGGGGUUGCAAAGAGUCAGACACGACUAACACAACACAAGAAGUUAAAUAAUCUAACCCUGAUUUAUAGAAUUGGGAAUUGGUGGAGCUGAAAUUGGAACCAAUAUUUAGCUAAGUUCAAAGUUUGCUCUUAACCAUCAUUUUUGUUCACUGGAGUUGUUGCAACCUAAUGCACAAUAUAACCCAAGACAUUACACUAAACUGUGUGUGCAAUGACUGAGGCACUGGUACAUUUUCCUGCAGAAACUCAGGUUGCAGAGUCCUGGAUAUACGAUACUGUUACCAUCAUGCUUUCUAUGGGCUUGACUUUCAUUAUGUUUCUUUGCUCCUUUGUAAAUUCUCAGUGAUAUACAUACAUUUUUACAUUUCUAAAGCAAACAGAUUUGUCCCACAGUUAGGAAAAUGACAGAGAUGGAAAGUAAUUGCAUGACCAUCUUUAAGCUCCAGAUAAAUGUUUAUGCUUGCUAAAGGAUAGAUAAAGCGCUGGAAGAGGCUAUUCAUCCUGGGGUAAAUGGUCAGGGACAGCACAGCAGAGCCAAGGCAGAGAUGUAUGAGGCAUAUCCUCAUUUUUGUUCUUCUGGGGCUUCCCAGGUGGCACUAGUGGUAAAGAACUCACCUGCUAAUGCAGAAUACUUGAGACACAGGUUCGAUCCCUGGGUUGGGAAGAUCCCCUGGAGGAGGGCAUGGCAACCCAUUCUAGCACUGUUGCUGAGAGAGUCCCAUGGACAGAGGAGCCUUGUGGGCUAUGGUCCAUAGGGUCACAAAGAGUCGGACACAACUGAAGUGACUUAGCAUACAAGAGAACAGUACCUGUGAGUGCUCUCAGAUGAAUUUUAGUGCAAUCAAAUUAUGACCGUAGUCACCUGUUACGUGGGACCAUCUUGCCAAAUGCUCCUUCAACUCCAUAUUACAUUUAAUAAAGAUUCUUUUUAAAUCUGAAAAAGCAGAAUGCACAUUUAGUCAAAAUUCCAUAGAAUAUGGAAUUUCCUACAUUGGCUGGGUGGAUCAUUUAUAAAAACUGAUGGCAGAUGUCCUCAAAUUACUACAAUUUGGCUGUUGUGCCUGUCAGCAAAGCAGCUUUUCCAGUAUCUUUGUAAAUUCUAAUUUGCAGUGUAGACUCCAUGCCUGAAAUGAAGAAGAGAAUUCAGAGAAAAGGUGAAGUUCUGUAUUACUUUUUUAUCACACACUGUAUUUCAAGUGAGAAUGAGGCCGUGCUUAAGUAUAACACAGAAAUAGCUCAAAUACCAGUAAGAACUAGGUCAAACAAUGACCAUCCUUGAAAUAGGAUCAAUUUCACCUGAUUCAUGUUGUAUACACUCUUUUCAAAAGCUUCUUCUGAGUUUCUUCAUGCUUUCUCUUUCUCAGUCUUUACUAAGAGUGCUUGAAACAAAUGUUCAUUAGAGCAUUUAAAAUUUUUAAAAAUGCUAUAAAUAUUUCUUCUUUCCUUAACCGAGGUUGGUUGACCAAUGGAAUCUCUCAAGGCAAUUCAAGCUUGGAAAUUUUGUUCUGAUGCUAAAAUGUGUCUCUUGAAGUUUGGUAGAUCUGAACUACCAAGAAAGAACUUCAAAGAUUUUCCUAUGUUUUUAAAAUGUAUUUUAUAAUUUUUUUUUGCCUAUACUGAAUGACCUCAUUUAUGUAAACUGUCAGUAUUAUCGUGUAAUAAAAUAAAUUUAUUUUUAAAACAAAGCAAAUAUAUAUUUGCUUAGGGAUUUUCUAUUGUUACCACACAUUUUUAAUAGAAAUAAAAUUGAGCAUUAUUGCCUUACAAAACCUUGUGUUUUAUAGCAACGAUCAUGAAUACCUUUGAAAUAGUUUACUCUGACCAUAUUUUUUCCUUGGAAACUGAAGAAUUUGAAAAUAUGGUAGACACUUAUGAGACUGGCUACUCAGCAGCCUGGCCAUAUUUUUAACCUCACCUCUGUGGUGCUAGUGGUAAAGAACCCGCCUGCCAACGCAGGAGACGCAAGAGAUGUGGGUUCGAUCCCUGGGUUGGGGAAUCCCCUGGAGAAGGGAAUGGCAGCCCACUCCAGUAUCCUUGCCUGGAGAACCUCAUGGACAGGGCAGCCUGCUAGGCUACAGUCCAUGGGGUUGCAAAGAGUUGGACACAAUUGAUCAUGAGCACCAGCUGUAUUUGGUUGAUCUAAGGUGGGCAAUUAGUGAAAUUGGAGUCAUUUCCAGGGAAAUUGGGAACUUGAAAUAAAGUUAUCCUUCUUUGGGUUCUUGGAGUAUACAGAUGUGCAAUUCAAAGUUAUUGACAGUCAUGUUUUGUUCAGUGAGGACCAGAAAAGCAAAGAACCUGGUGAAAGAGGAACUGAGGUGAGAGGCGAGUUUCCUGACAGUCUGAGUUCCUGUCCCAUGCAGUCUCAGAGUUUAGCUUCAUUCGGUUCCUGUGUGUAGCCUCCAUGAGACCUGUCAGUAUCUUUGUAAUGAGUUCCUCCUUUGGCUUAAGCUAGUGCUAUUUGGAUUUCUAUGACUUGGAACCAAGAUCUUGACUAACUCCAGUGUAUCGUGAGAUCGCGGAUGACAGUUUCUUAAAGCAGACAUGACGUCCUUUAUGAGACAGUACUAUCAAAUAAUGCCUUCAAUUAGAGAAGCAUUUCUAGCAAUGAUAUUCCAUUUGUCACCAUAUAGCCAUUCAGGAUAAUGAUUGCAGGGGAGCGUGGAGACUGAGUAGACAGUCCAGCAAGCACUGAUUGGGCAUCUCCUGUAUUCUAGGUACUGCACCACCCACUGUGACAAAUGUAAGGAGGGAUAGGACAUGGGCCCUUGGACAGUCUACAAUUUAGUGGGAGGAAACAGCUACUCAGCAAUAAUUUCAAUACAGUUUGGCGGUCUAAGAGAGGCUCAGGUAUUAUGGGAUCAGAGAGGAGGAUGACUUAGCCAGUUGAGAAGGAAUCAUGGAAGAUUCUGGAGGGAAAUUACAUCUGAACUGAUGACUGGCUCUGAGAAUAAAGGUCUUUACCCCAUAUCCCAGGUAAGGCCAAAUAGUUCUUGGAUCCUUAACAAAUUCUACAGAAUUUUUUGGAAAGCCUUAGCAGUGGAGGGACUAGUGGGUGUUGCUAUGAGAGAAUAUGAGAGGAGAAAGAACGAAGGCUUCAUGUCUUGUUUCAAAAUGUCCUGUAUGUGACAGGGUAAAGUAUAUGGGCAUGUGUGCUGAGAGGUGAGAUGUUUCUGCUUCCAAUACUGUUGUAGCAAUGAGCUGAGAUGGAGAGCUUUUGAUUUGCUUCCUGAAGUGGAUUAUUUCCACUCUAUAUUAUUGUUACAUAGAGAGUAGAGUAAAAUGUUCUGGGUCAAAUAAUCUGCUAUUUGGAAAAGGCCCUGAUUUGUGCCAAAUUUUAUGAAGGAAGUCUAGGACACAUUUUAGUGCCCAUGGUUUUAAGACCUAGCUAUUGCCUUAAUGAAACCUUCAUUUUAAUAUAGUCUGCAUACACUACAUUAUGAGAACCUAAAUAUAUUGGGGCAUUGCUAUCAUUCAUUCAUUCAAAAAUAUUUGCUAAGUACCUACUAAAUGCCAAGUACCUUAGAUCCCGGGACCUCAUCAGUGGACAAAUAGUGACGUCAGGGUCACUAGUUUAUGUUGUAGUGGAUAUAAUCCUUCACAGCACUGAAUUUAAAACAGGACUUAUCCAAGAAGUUACAUGAUCUAGAGCACUUAUCAUUAGACUUUCAACCUAUACCACUGUCUUGGAGCAUGAAACUCAAGAUGAGCAUUCCCAGAACUCAGUAUAUGGUGAGAGAAACAGGUUUCUUUUCACCCCCAAGUAAAUUAUGUAUUUUUUUGCUCCUGACAGUUAUUAUUAUAAAAAAAAAAGGAAAAAAAGUUUAUGUUUCUUCAGUGCAAGAAUCUUGGUUUAUACAAUCUUUUUUGUUAUGUUUGAUGAAUAUGGGUGCUACGUUUGGACAUCUGUUCUUCAAAGACUCUUCUAUGCCUCAAAGUAUUUUUCUGCAAAGAAACCUGUUCCCAUGUGACCUACUUUGGCAUUUGAACACUGACACUGGAACAUAACGUGCGAAUAGUCUAUUCCUGUCUCUUUGUUAAUGUGACUGGAU